UUUGUUUCAAAAUAAGUGAUGUUUUCACAAUUCCAAGUAAUUUGAAAUUUUUAACUAAUUAUAAAAUACUGCAUCUUUUUUUAUUGGUUGAAUUAGUUUUAUUUAAUGUUAUUUUAUGUAAUCAAAGCUAAUUACAUAAAAUUUUGUAUUUUUUAAUAUUUUUGCAAAAACCUUAAACAUCUUAUAGAGAGAAUAUUACUUUUACUUUGUAGUAAUAAAUAAUUUUAAUAUUUACCAAAAAGGUAAAAUAAUGUGUUUUUGAAUAUACCAAUUAGAGAGGAACAUGAUCUAGUCACACACGUGCGUGCUUACCUCUAACGAUAAAACCGAACUUUUCAAAAAACGCGGUUUCUCGCCCGACAACAAAAUUACUUUUGACCAGUUCCAAUGAGAAUCUUCCACGUCUCAUCUUUUUGUCUGGAUCUUCUUCCACCACCGUCCACUAACCCAUAUCCUUGCCUUAGAAGGUUAAAACUAAUUACCUUCUAGCUAUUAUAAUGUAAGUCCAUUGAUUCCAAUUGUUCCAUUUCAUAUUCUUAAUUAUCUUUAUGAUCACCAUGUCCAUCUGUAACCUUACUAUUUGACCGACUUCUUCAUUUUCUUCAUUGUAAUCAAUAGCCAUUAAAAUCCAAAAACUGCGUUGAAAAUAGAUUUCCAAAAUUUCCAGACAGGAGAGAGAGAGAAAGACGACGACCUAUCUGCACCAUUUGUUUUUCUCCCCCCCCCCCCCCCCCCCUCAAUACUCUAAAGCUGAAACUUUCUUUUUUGUUUCUCUGUUCUGAAAUAAAACAAGUUAUAAUCUUAAAUUCGGAUUUGUUCUAAUCUAAUCUCUGUCCAUUUGAUCCACUUGAGUUUUAAGACUAAUCAAAGAUUUACUUCUGGUCUCUCCCCCCUUUUGUUUUGUCUCUUUCUUUCCCGCAUUUUCCCGGAAAAAUCCAAAAAAGCUUCCGACUUUCUGAUCGCCUCCUCAUUAAUCCUUGAAACCACCAACGACCCAUUGUUUCUCACCUGAUUUGUCGCAAACCCUUUUGUUUUAAUUUUGCAUUCUGGUAAAAAAAAAAAAGAAGGAUGACGACGACAAUGGAAGCUGUGAUGGAGAUAAGUACGGUGGAUGAUAUCAUAAGAAGACUAUUAGAAGGCAAAGGAGGCAAACAGGUUCAGCUCUCCGAGAUCGAGAUCCGUCAACUUUGCGUUAACGCUAGACAAAUCUUCCUCUCUCAGCCUAAUCUCCUCGACCUCCAUGCUCCCAUUCGCAUCUGCGGUGAUAUUCAUGGACAAUACCAAGACCUUCUUCGUCUAUUCGAAUACGGAGGCUACCCUCCUUCAGCACACUACCUCUUCCUAGGAGACUACGUCGACAGAGGCAAGCAAAGCCUCGAAACAAUCUGCCUCCUCUUGGCCUACAAGAUCCGUUACCCGUCCAAGAUCUUUCUCCUGAGAGGCAACCAUGAAGACGCCAAGAUCAACAGGAUCUACGGCUUCUACGACGAAUGCAAAAGGAGAUUCAACGUCAGGCUAUGGAAGAUAUUCACCGACUGCUUCAACUGUUUGCCUGUAGCUGCUCUCAUUGACGGCAAGAUCUUGUGUAUGCACGGGGGGCUGUCGCCGGAGCUGGAGAAUUUGGAGCAGAUUAGGGAGAUUGAGAGGCCUACUGAGAUUCCGGACAAUGGUCUUCUUUGUGAUUUGCUUUGGUCGGAUCCUGAUCAGAAGAGUGAAGGAUGGUCUGAUAGUGAUAGAGGUAUUUCUUGCACGUUUGGUGCUGAUGUGGUUGCUGAGUUCUUGGAUAAGAAUGAUCUUGAUCUCAUUUGCCGUGGCCAUCAGGUAGUGGAAGAUGGGUAUGAGUUUUUUGCUAAAAGGAGAUUAGUUACUAUAUUCUCUGCUCCAAACUAUGGUGGAGAGUUUGACAAUGCAGGUGCAUUGUUGAGUGUGGACCAGUCUCUUGUUUGCUCUUUUGAGAUUCUGAAACCUGCUCCAGCUUCAAGCGGUAUUCCUCUCAAGAAGGUACCAAAAAUGGGAAAGUCUUAGAAACUCAAGAAAGCUUGUUCCCUUGAGAUUUGGUUUCAUGAGCUCAAGCUAGGCUAUAUAUGGCAUUACUUCAGAUGUAGGUAAGCUGCAACGGAGAAGAGAAACUCAAAGACUACUUUACUUAGUCAUCAAAGAAGAACAAAAGGGAGAGAGAGGAAACAAAAAGCUGUAACCCAAAUAUUUUUCUGUGUAUAGUUGCAUAAACUUCUCUUCUCUGCUUUUUCAUCUCCUUUUGGUUUGUUUUCUUGUUCUUAUGUUUAUUCAUUUAAGUUAUAGAGUGGCCUCUCCUCUUUUGCUUGUUCUUAUUUUCUUGUAUCAUCAAAAAUACAAUUUCACAAACUUUUAUUCA